GUACCGUCAUCUUCUCGGCCUUUGUCCACCAAAUCAUCGAGAGUAUCGGAGCAAAGGGACGCGAAGAGAAAUCUUUCCGGGUCUGGCUCAUGGAUAAUUUGUACUUGAGCUUUAUCAACUUCACCGGCAACUACAGUUACGAGCCCACGACGCUAGCAGGUCGAUUYUUUGGUACCUCCUMUGCGUUUUGGGCCAUGCUCAUCACUGGUACGUACCGGUAGAACCAUACUACAAAUAAUGKUUAUACAUUGCGAUACUGYGCCCAGGUGUCGURCMGUGUUGUGUAGCUUGCCAGAUAUUUGCUGAAUGAGACGAUCGGAUUGAUCCAUUGUUUGAUCGGMMGACUGUUAACGAUCGUCUGCUAUAUUUUGAUUGAUUCCUAUUUCCCCAGCUGCCUACACGGCGAAUUUGGCCUCGCUCUUGGUCGGACGAGAAGUCGCCGAACCGAAAGUCGAAACAAUUCUUGAUGUCGUCDAACACGAUUUUCCCCUAUGUGUCCAGGUCGGAUCAUUUGCAGAAGAUCAUCUAAGGCGCAAAUACCCUGAGGUCAUCCCCUUGUUGGUACCUGUCCCUAGURAUGACCUAUACGAUUCCCUGAACAGGGGAGACUGCGAAAUCCUGAUUGCCUACAAGCAAGACUUCAUGGUAUCACGUAAACAGGCCGAGGCGAAUCCAAAAUGCACAAUCGAGAGGCAAGGUCGGGAAAUCCAGCCCUUGAAGGACGCUUUUGCAACCAGACAUGACCCAGGAAUUCUUUGUACCGAUCUUGUCAACGAGAUGUUCAACUAUUACAUAAAAGAAAUGGAUGGAGAAGGAAUCCUCGAUGAAUUGUGGGAGGAGCACASCAGAUACUUUGCUGACGAAGGGCACUGCCCAGAGUCGGAUAGUGAACUUUCGGAUAGUGAACUUCCCGGGCUUGGCCGCCGUUUCCUUGAGCGGUAUGKAAAUGCUCCAGGCUUCAGCCGGCGCUUCCUCAAGGGAGGCACGAGUGUCGCAGGGGCGAGUGCUGGAGGGGCGGUAAGUACUUUGGUUGAGGAAGAGGAAGAGGAAAUCAGAGCGUUGACCAUUAAAGAUAUGGCGGGGACUAUUUUGUUUCAGGUUGUGGCUUCGGUGAUUGCCAUUUUGAUUGCUCUCGUGUCUGGGUUCGAGGCAAAAACGAAACAACAGCGGACUGUGAGAAAGAAGACAAUGCGAGACACACGACGCCGUACCGAAGAUAACGGCUGUGUCAGGGAGGAUGAUGAAUUGUGUGACUACGGARGAACUAUCGUCGAUGGGCAGCUAAUGGAGCUCAACGCACGGGUUGAAAUUUUGUCAGAUAUGGUGCGGGAGCUCCUGCACGACAAACGUAAGCGUAAUAACCAGCAUCGGCGCACCAAACCAUCCUCCGUAAUGACUGGAACGUACGAAUCAGUUAGGAGAGACGACAGCGAUGUCACAAGUAGUUCGGGCUAUUACUCGUCGUAAUCCAUGUUGCCCUUUUUUUGCCAUAACUAGACAGAACUUACGACAACUUUAGGCUGCCAACCCAAAUUGGUUGGACUUGUUUGAAAGUCGCAAAGACUGUCAGAGGUAUUUUCUCCUACCUAUUGAAUUUUGACAACARACUCAAUCACAUCGAAUCACAAAACCUAAAUAGAAUCAAUUCUGUCCACAAUUCAUUUCUUGAYUAUGCUGACCUCAAUGUGGAUGAAAUUCGGGGUACUAAGAUAACUGGAG